CGGGGGGGGGGUGUGCGCGUGGGUGUCGGUGGGGGUAUGGGGUGUGGGUGUGGGGUAUGGGUGCUGGUAGUUCUAGAUCAAUAGAUAUCAUUCACCCACACCCGCCCAUCCCACCCACACCCGCAUGCACGCUCACACCACCCACACCACACACUCACACCACCCACACUCACACCCACACCCACACCGACACCCACUCCCACACCCACACCACCCACACCCACACCGACACCGACACCGACACCCACUCCCACACCCACACCCACACCCGUUUACUAAAAGAAAAGCAACCUGAGUGAAUCACAAGCAUUACCUGAAAAUAAAAAGGAACAAGGUAAGUUGACGACUAUUUCUCUCUCCGGCGUUUUCGCCGAAAGCCAAUAUGUAUCGAAAUGAUUUGUUUGAAUCACAGCUUUCUCCUACGUAGCUCAGUGCGACAAGCGAUCGACAUAUGAAGCACUUGAGUGACUACUAACAGUGUUUUUUCUUCAAUUUGAAAACACACACGCACACAUACGCACCAGGGAUGCUCAUGACAGCAGUAGCUGGUGUCGGUAUGUAUUGGUGAAAAAAGUGUUGUUAUUGCUCUUGUCCUAGCCCACAUCUGUUAACCACACUCACACCCUAUUCCGAGUGACGUGCUGAUAUCUCCCGUCAAGAAAUAUCGUCUCAUCUGCCACACACGGCAGAACUGGACAAAUUGCAUUGACAUAUUCUCGGUGGAGAGGGUGUGGGUGUGGAUAUUGAUAGGGGUGUGGAUGAGAGUGUGGAUGAGGGUGUGGAUGGGUGUGAGUGUGAAUGGGUGUGGAUGUGGAUGUCAGUGUAGAUGUGGGUGUGGGUGCAUUGCUCGUUUCAUACCCACUCCCACACCCCACCCAAACUCACACCCACAUCCCACCCACACUCACACUCACACCCACCCACACCUCACACCCACACCCUUAUUCACAAUAUCAUCUGCAGUCCAUUCCAAUCAGUGUUUGCUAGCUUGUUUUUCUUUUUUUCUGUUCCUUUUGUUUGACUAUUUUGUUCUGUUCGUGUGAAGAAAAGAUGAAAAAACAAGACGGAAAGAAAGAAAACUGUCAUUUAAAAUUAUUUGCACUGAAUGAGCAAAGCCUGUGUUAAGUUUCUUAGAGAGUCAAUAUGCUGCGGCUGCUUUCUCUAGCCUAUCAGUUAGAAAAAUUGAAAGAAUCAUGGUGAGCUUUUUCAUUCCUUUUCCAGAUCGACGAAUACGGCGUCUUAUACUGUCGUGUACGGACCUCCAAAACUAUGACCAUAUAUCGUCGUAUGCGACAACGCAUUUUUCGAUCUGGCUUUUUUCUCUCAUGAUUACUGUUGUUAUUUUUCUACUCUUCUAUUCUACAUAUACAUAUGUAAUUUCGUAGUAGGAACCUAUCAUUGCUCUCCACGUGAAACUUGUAAUACAGAGAAAAGGUGAAGAUAAGCCUUACGAAGGAGAACGCAGCACGCUUGAGAAGAAAAAUGGAUAGAAAAAAGUCAACAGCUUUCAUGCAGCGUUUCAUACAAAACACAUUCGAUUAUUAAACGAAUCGGAGUGAUCAGAACACGUUGAAGACUAAAUUUGAGCGUAAGUAGAUUGCUGGCAUCACUCAAUUUUCACCCACUGUUAACAAGGAUCGUUAGUAGUCACAUCUUUAAAGAAAAAGAAUAAUGUCGACGGAAUUCAUUAAUGAAGACGAGACAAGAGUAGCAACUACUGUGACCUCUUUUUCAUGGGACUUAUUAUGACUCUUCAAAAAGUCGCUAAAUAUUUUGAGAUAAAUUUUAUUCGACUCCUCAGUUCAUAGUAAGUGCGGGUAUAUGUGUAUGUUCGGAAAUAUAGUCAUAGUUAAUACAUUCUAAUCAUUUCUCAAAAAAUGUAUGCAUCCCGCGUAAAAACAAAAUGCUGAAAAAGAUAAAUCUCGAUAGUCCUUCAUUCUUGGAACAAAAAAUAAUUCGAAAGCAAAGUCCGUAUUCAAACAAGAGUAGUUUUACAGGGUCAUGAUUGUAUACAGAAUAAUAUUACUCAAUUUACAAUAGAACUUUCACUCAUGAUACCAUAGUGCAAAAUUCGCGAAAUAAAAAUACAUCAGUUGUUAUUGUGGAGCUUGUGGAUGUGUAGAUCUUCUCUUCAUCCACAAACUCAUCCAUACCCUGUAUACUAACUCAACGAAUCGUUGUUUCUCGUAUUCACAUCUUCUAUAUAACUGGCUCAACAUACUUAACAAGUUUCAUUUGAUUUCAGUAACAUUGAAUGUAUCAACCAAAAAAAAACGAAAACAUUGCAAGUAAGCAGAUAGGAUGACUCGCGUACAUGACUAUAAUCAUAAUUAAAUUUUCUUGCUUUUAGUGAAUGAAAGUGAAGGAGAUAGUGUUCAAUUACCCAAUAUUCUGAAAUGGAAAGUAGGCUUGAUAAUCGAAAAUGGUAAUUUAUGAACUUUCCAGCAUCUCUCUAAAUAUAUGUUUAAUGUUCUGUCAUAGAUCUUCGUUUUGAUCCAGCAUCGUGUGGUUCUGGUUUGUUCAUUUCGGAUGAAAAUACUCAUUUGAGAAAGAUUGUAGCAAUAGAUGAGUGGCGAACUUACCGUAUUAUGAACACUGAAUGGACAGAAGGCAUUCAUUAUUGGUCCAUGAGAAUUAAUGAUCGUGGUCCGGAUGGUACAAUAAUGAUCGGCAUUGUAACGAAAAACUUUGACACGGGUUCAAUCCUCUAUCCAGGAAACACAUCUGAUAGCUACAGUUUCUAUGUUCAUAAUGGAAACAAAUAUAAUGAUUCUAACGCUGCAGCGUUCACUACUGAUUUGCCAAAAAAUAGCGACGUCAUUGAGAACUGUUUGGCAAUAACGUGAUGAAUUUUUGACGACAUCUUGAUCCCUCGUCUUGCCAGAAACUUGGUGCAUAUUAAAAUAAUGAAAUAAUCGUAAUUACUAAAAUUAGAUUUUAAAUCAAUUAAGGUAGAUUUAAUAGCAUGAUGCUUUCGUUGAUAUAUGUAUUACUAGUAGUCACCCGCCCCUCUCCGCAUGCUUGUUAUGGACCAGAGAACGAGAAGUAGCCGAAGGAAUCUCGAUUUAAACUUACGCUCACUAUUAUUCUUCAAGACAGAUGUGAGUUGCAUAAUAGUCUAUAUUGUAAUUUAAGCAAGCACAUUCAUUGAAUUUAUAACAUUGAGAAGACGACGUAUCCUUUCCGUUCCAUUUGUUUCAAAUAAACCUUCUGUACGCAUAUUUAUUCUAUUAUAGAGCACGUGAAAAAGACAUAUUGCAUACUGUCAUUUUCUUCUAGGUAACAUUUUCCUUUCAGGAACUGGUUCGAACAAUGGAAAUCAAUAAACACAAAAAAUAUACAUUGCUGGAGAGUCGAGCUCGAGUUCAUUGUAAUCAUCCUUUAGAAAAGCAGUCGUUUCUGAACUCUCAAGUGGGAUGUAUUUUCUUCGAUAAACCCGCCCUAGGCUUGUCUUAGAUCCAUAAGAUUACUAUUAUAGAUUUUGCCAGCUAUGACACAGCCGCUUAUGAAUAAGCAAGUAUAUGGGCAAAUAAUUGUCUGAUGGCUUGUAAAACUAAUGAAAACCGGGGAUGUUAUUCAGUACAAGUGAUUUCAAAAACAGUUGAUGAAUAUCCUAAUGUUUGGCAUGAGUUUCGAAGAUGAAAAAGCGAUACUACUUUAUCUCUAAUUACCUCCUCGUACGAUGCCAUUUAUUAUAAUUGCUCGACUCCCUAGCUCAUCUCUUGCCAGGACCAUUCACAUCAUUUCUGAAAUGCCGCGUGGUGUUCUUCUCGAUUUUGAUGCUCGAACAUUGACCUAUUUCAAAAACGGACAAAUUGUGGGCACGGCAUACGGUCAACUGCCAGUUCAUGGAACAGAUGUUAAGUAUUUUCCAGCAGUUGGAUUCUAUAAAUUAGGACAAUGGGUUAGUUUGAUCAAAACAAUCAAAUGACUACCAUGCUCACAAUCGUACUUAAAUGUACCUUUUAUAUAUUACUAACAGAUCUAUUUUUAAAUCAAAAUAAAUAGAAGUUAUAUUUUCUUACAGGAACAAUUACACAAUAUGAUAUUUUACGUGUAUUUCCUUUUCAAGAUAAUAUUUUUUCUCUGUCUGUUCCUGGUUCAUAUCUUGCUAACGUAUUAAGUUGUGGUAUGUCAAUGAAAGGUAGUGGAACAUUCCUUGCCAUUUGUGGAAUUGAAACUCUCGAUCAAGGAAAAACUUGGUUACUUACUGGAAUAGAUAUUUCAAAAACUGAUCUUAAUUAUUCUGUCGCUACAAUAACUUAUCUAAAAGAUGCAGAAUUUCUCAAACCAUCAGUUACUAUUUGGCGGGAAUUCAAUAUAACACAAACACAAGGUUUAAUUAAUUAUUUACAAACAAAAUAUCCACCUUGUUAA